AAAGGCAGCUCUUUCUAAUCUCAUGGGUUUGCUUAAUCCUAAUGCAAGCCACUGGGGGUAUUCUGGCAACCCUGCUGGUUUUCAGCCGCCUCUGCAAGUAAAACUCUCGGCAAACGUAAACUUUGGAGGCUCUACUAUUUACUCUCUGAUAAAUGGCUGAGCAAAUAUUAGCCUUUGGUUCAUAUCACACACAAGUGGUUUCCAGUAGUUUGGGAGCUAUAUAUCCCGAGGGAAGGAGUUCUCUGGGACCGCCAGGAGAAAGAUACGAACCUUGCUUAGCUUUUAUUAGCAAACAUGCUUAUGAUUCUUCUCUUGUCCCCCUCACCAGGAGUGCAGCCAGAAUGAAAGUAGUUCACGUAGCCCUGCUCUAUCUCGGCUCUGUGACCUUCCUCGGGGUGGAUGCUGCAAGGGUGGACGUAGCGACAGAGUUCAAAAGAAAAUGGACGAAAUGGGCACUGAGCCGAGCCAAGCGCGACGUGAAGCCUUCGGGCGCGCUCCGCGGGCUGGGGCCAGCCGCCGCUGUGCAGCCCCUCGUUCGCAGCCAGGACGUGAAGGAAGAUCUCCCGGUCUCGCAUCCUAGCAGCCGGGAGGAUGCUCACAUCCGCGUCAAGCGCUAUCGCCAGAGCAUUAACAGCUUCCCCCACUUCGAAGCCAUCCGCACGGGGUGCCGGUUCGGGACGUGCACGGUGCAGAAGCUGGCUCACCAGAUCUACCAGCUGACCGACAAGGAUAAGGACGGUGCCGCCCCCGUCAGCAAGAUCAGCCCCCAGGGCUACGGCCGCAGGCGGCGCUCCCUGCCCGAGCACCGCCGCCGCCGCCCGGCGCCCUCCCCCCGGGGCGGCCGGCGCCCCCGGACGCGGCCAGCGCAGCCGCUCGCCGCCGUCCUCGGCCUCUGAGCGCCGCGGGAGCGCCGCACCACCGGCCGAAGGCGUCUCGGAUGGAUGGCGGAACGGACGGAGGGCUCGCCGGCGCCGAGGAGCCGCCGCGAGGAGCCGCCUGGCGGGCCGAGACCCCCGCGGGCCUGGGGGCGGCGGAGCGCCCGGGGGCUGUGAAGGCCGCGUCGCGCACCGGGACGCGCGGGGACCUGCCGCGGCGGUGGGGCGGCCCUUGACUCCUCGCACUCCUCCGCGGCGAGGCACCGCCGGCUCCCGCGCCAGCGGGACUAGGGACAUGAAGGCGUCCGGGCCGCCACGUCGCCCCGCUGCCCCGCGCCGCUGCUGCCCGGCUGCCGCCCGCCUCCUGCACCCGGCGGGGCCAGCCGAGGCCAGGGCCGAGCCUUCCUUGCCAGCGGGCCACGGCCAGAGCUGCCCGGCGCCGGGCCCCCGGGCCCCGCAGAGGCGGGCUGCUCGUCUGACCCGAGGAGGCGGCGCUCAGGGCGGCGAGGGCGGCCCCGGCGGCCGCCGCUGCGCGACCGCGGGGCGCGGCCUCGCCCGCUGCCCCGAGGUGCCUGACCGUUCUCGCUCGGCCUCGGCAGGGAAAGGUCCCCCGCACCUGCUCUACCCUCUGCGUUAUCUGCACCCGGCAGGGAAUCGGACACUCACUAGUCCCUGCGGGGACUGCGACAUACUUGAACGUAACAGAGAGGAAAAGUGCAAUUGUACGUGGUUUUUGUUAAUUAUAAGUGCGGUGUGUGUGGCUCAUGAGAUACGUAUCGAUAUUUAAGAUUGUCCUGUGUCAUGUCCUAUUUGUAUCUUUUUUGGAAAAAUAUAUUUUAUUUUUAUACGGUUUUUAUAUAUAAAUAUAUAUAUAUAUUGCAUAAGGGCAUUUUAACACAUUGUAUACCCUCUAUUUUUCAUAUCGUGAAUGUCAAAUGCUGUUAAACUCUUUCCAUACCUUUUUUUUUUUUUUAUCUUGCAUUCCAGACUGGUGAAAGAUGUAGAGAAUGUAUCAGCUGUUCUCCAUGGGUAAUAUGUGAAAUAAAAUAAACACUAUUACAUAAAACA